AUGGCAAAUCCCGGAAAGGUGCAUUGGGAAGCGGCGAAAUGGGUUCUUCGCUAUUUGAGAGGUACAAGUGAUUAUGCAAUCAUGUAUGGCAAAAACUCAAGGCCAAUGCAAGGUUAUGUUGAUGCUAAUUUUGCCGGUGAUCUUGACAAGAGAAGAUCUACAACGGGCUUUGUAUUUGAACAUGGAAAUGGUCCAAUUAGUUGGAUGUCCAAGCUUCAAGUAACGGUGGCUUUGUCAACCACGGAGGCCGAGUACAUGGCACUUACCGAGGCAACCAAGGAGGCGGUGUGGCUUCAAGGUUUGAUGAAAGAGCUUGAUGGCAAGGUGAGGGUGUUGAAAGUUGGCACUCAUGAGAAUGUAGCCGAUAUGCUCACGAAGCUGAUUGGAGGAAUUCUAAGAGGUAUUCCGAAGCGGGAUUCGCGGAAUCGAAAGGUGCUUCAAAGAAGGUGUAGCAAGAAGGGAUUUCCAUUGCAAGGUUGUAAGCCCAUUAUGAUAAAGUGUGUCACAGAUUUAGUGAUUUUGCUCGUCAAAGCCCACGCGGCCUCCUCUUUCCUGCUCGAAGAUGGAACAGUGAUAAAUCUUUUUAAGCUAAAAGGACAGAAGAAGGAGGAUACUGCAAGUGCAAAUGGAAGGGCUCCUAUCAAGAAGCAAAGUGCAGGGGAAUUACGUCUUCAUAAAGAUAUUACGGAACUUAAUCUGCCUAACACGACAACCAUUUCUUUCCCUAACGGAAAGGAUGAUCUGAUGAAUUUUGAGAUCAGCAUCCGCCCCGAUGAAGGAUAUUAUCUAGGCGGUAAAUUUCUCUUUACCUUCCAAGUGUCUCCUUCUUAUCCUUACGAGCCACCGAAGGUCAGGUGCAAGACCAAGGUUUAUCACCCUAAUAUCGACUUGGAAGGAAAUGUCUGCCUGAAUAUUCUCCGUGAAGAUUGGAAGCCUGUUCUCAACGUCAACACAGUAAUUUACGGCUUGAAUCUUCUCUUCAUGCAACCGAACGACGAGGACCCGUUGAAUCACGAUGCAGCAGCAGUCCUACGCAACAACCCUAAGAUGUUCGAGGCUAACGUAAGAAGGGCGAUGGCUGGAGGAUAUGUGGGUCAGAUCUACUUCCCUCGAUGCUUGUAAACUGUGGCGGCUGAUCCCCCAAGUUCUAGGUGCUGCUAUUAUUAUUUACUACUAUUUAAACUUCA